AUGAAGUAUUAUGCACAUUAUGAAUCAACUCCAGAGUUCACAUUGAUUGUUCAAACAAAAUCACCAACAGAAACUGUUAAAGAUUUGAAACUGCAAUUUGUUAUAGAGUAUAAUAAGAAAUUCGGUGAACAGAAUCAAUUGACUUCGAAUUGUAUCGAUUUGAAUGAUACCAAAGGUAGAAAGCAAGCUGAUACUACAUUGAUUACAAAGGUUGUAAAGAAUCUAGAGGAUGUCUUUGUGGUAAAGAAUUCAAACACACCGAUUCCAGAUGUUUUUACUCCUGCAGUGGUAGUUCCAGAGGUAGUUACACCCGCACCCACCGUCACAACAACCACAUCCAGCAAGUCAACCACAUCGAAACCAACAUCAUCCACACCGAAACCAAAAGUAUCUUCAGAGUGUGACCCAAAGAGUAAAGUCAUAGUUGAAGCAUUAUUACAACAGGCUUUAAUAUUAUAUGAUAAACAAUCAUAUAAAUCAGCAUUACCUUUGUUUGAGAAUGUAUUAAGUUUGUAUCCACAAGAGAAAACGACUUUGUACAAACUUGCCGAUAUCUACUAUCAAGCAAAGAAGUAUGAACUCUCACAAAAGUAUAUAGAGUUGGCGUUGAAGUAUCAUGCCAAAGACAAGGACUAUACGCUGUACUUGCUCGGUGCCAAGAUUUGUUUGGCAGUGAAGGAGUACGAAGAUGCCAUUACACAUUUGAAGAGUGCAUGCGAUGCUGCCGGUUCCAAGCACAAAGAAUACCUGACUUUGCGAGCGAUGCUUGGACGUGCACUCUACGACUCUGGCAACCAACACAACCAACAACAAGGCUGUGAUAUUCUCAAUACUAUUGUUCACACCGACGAGUCGGUUCUCGAAGGACUGAUGGGAUUCGCACAUGUGCUGAUCGAUCGUCAACAGCUUGGCGAUGCUCUCACCGUUCUCAUGCAGCUGUUGUCGCGUCUCGCCAACAGCGCCGACCGUUCGCCAGUCGCCGACUUUACCAAAGAUGCAAUCGCCGACAUCGUCAAGAAGAAAGGCACUGAAUUUCUCUUGUCUCAGCUCAAGGACACUGUCAACAGUGCACCGGUCUAUGCAUUCAUGUCGUCAGUAGUCAAGGAGUAUGGCGCGGUCGAGGCGGCAGUCGAUUUGAUGCGACUGGCAUACAACGCCGAUCCAUCCAACGCCAACUACGCACUCAAUCUCGUACACAAUCUCGAGGUCUGUAACAAGUAUCCAGAGGCAGUGGUCGUCAUCUACCAAUACCUCACCGCCAACAAGCCAAGAGGAUUGUCAAACUACAAAUUGACCAACGGUAACAUUCUCACCAUCCUCGGCAAGCAAAAGCAUAUCGACUAUCUCAAUAAACCUGAGAACUAUGCCAGUUGGAAGUUGCCAGUUCCCGAGGGUGGCCCGGUGCAGGUCGACAAGAAGAUUUUGGUGGUCGACGACGACGAUCAUCCCAAAGCCGACAAACCAUAUACCAAGUUUGAUUUGGAUUUGAUCUCGCUUUGGUGUACUAUAGCCAAGAUUUUCUAUGUGGUGGGACUGCUUGAACCAUUGCCAUUGCUCAUCACAGCGCUCGAGCCACUGAGAAAGGAUCGUAAUCUCCACAUGACAACAGCACGUAAUGAACAUGCUUACUUCUGUUGUGUCUCUCAGUUGAUGGUUCACAAGCAACUGCCAAUUAUCAGUGCACCACCCAUUUACAUUGCUGGUGACAGUCAUGCUCUCACCACUUCUUGGUCGUCGAUUACCAUCAACGGACAACCAAGAUUGUUCCAUCCACUCUUGACAACCGGUCUGAAGAUGUGGCAUUUGAGACCAGCCAGCAAGUUCUUCCCAAAGAAUAACUUUUACAACGUGACAACUACCGCACCCAAAGGAUCAGAAAUCGUCUUCCAAUUCGGUGAGAUUGAUUGUCGUGAAGGUAUAGUUGUAUCAGUUGAGAAGUGUAGAUAUAAUACUAUUGAAGAAGGUAUGGGUAUUACCAUUGAUAUCUAUAUUAAAGCACUCAAGGAAUUGGUUUCAAAGUAUAAUUAUAAAAUCUAUAUACAUCCAGUUGUACCUGUAUUAAAUGAAACAAGAGUUCUUGUAAAGACCUUUAAUAAGAUAUUUAAACAAAAGAUUGAAGCAACCAAGGAAUUGAAGUGGUUAGAUUUCUUUGAUCAAUUGCUAGACUCUACAGUUAUUCAUCAUUUCUGCGUAUCAAUAUCAUCACUAACGGAUUAUACCAUCAAAGAUCUUUGUAUAAAAACAGAAAAAAAAUAUCCAAACAUGUUGGAGGGUGAAAAUAAUAGUGGAGACGCAAUCCUGAUAAACAGUUAUGAGAAUAAUGAUGGAGGUGGUAGUUAUCCAGAUGAAAGCUAUGGAUUAAUAGUUGAAGAGAAAGAGAAGGCCCAAGAGCUGAAAUCAGACGCCGAUCAAGAUAAUACAAUAUACAUAGAUACACCGACGCCAGGUGGCGAAAAUGACGAGGCGUCUCUGGAGAAACCAGCGAUCACACCACUUCCCUGGCGAAAGCUGAUGGGUCCAUUCGUAUUGUUGGUCUGCGAAGCCAUUGGAAAUACAUCACUCUUUUCCUAUAUUGGUUUCAUGAUCAUCCACAUGGGAGUGACCGCCGACGAAGACAAAGUGGGAUACUACGCCGGUUUCGUAGCAUCGUCUUUCAGUUUUGCGCAAUUCGUAAGCAGUUUCUUUUGGGGAAAAAUGAGUGACAAGUACGGACGUAAACCGAUUCUCGUUAUUGGAUCGGUCGGCUCCAUUAUAUCGGUGUUGGCCGUCGGACUCUCACCGAAUCUUCCACUACUGAUCGUAGCGAGAACCAUCAAUGGAAUUCUCAAUGGUAACAUCGGUGUCAUUAAAACAUACAUCGGUGAAGUAACAGAUAAAACCAACCAAGUUGAAGCAUUUGGUUGGAUUGGUUUAACAUGGGGUUUUGGUUCAAUUGUUGGACCAAUUGUUGGAGGUAUUUUAAGUCAACCUGCACAAAAUAUUCCAUUCAUUUUCAAAAAUAAUUAUUUCUUUGGACAUUUGUUCCCUUUCUUUUUGCCAAAUUUGGUGAUUGGAAUUCUGACUGCUAUCGGUUUGGGAUUCACCUAUAUGACAAUGAAUGAAACCUUGAAGACAUUUAAAUCCACGAGAAAUGAUAUUGAGAUGUCAAAUGUUGAAGUAGGCGCAGAAGAGAAGGAAGAGGAGGAGCCAAUGGAAUUGGAAUCCAAGAAAGAACCGAUCGGAGUUGAUAUUGACAUCGAUAGUCCAAUACUGAGUGGAGAGAGUACGCCUCCAACCUCGAACAUCGACUACGAGUCGGAUAGCGAUGAACAUGGCAACACAGAGAAUAACGAUAUUCAAAAGAAGGAGAGUCUACUGAAAGAUGCAACCGAUGCAAUGAAAAAGAAUAACCAAGAUCUAGAAAUGACUUCACUCAGCGGAAUUUUGGAGCAAUCUGCAACUCUACAAGCCAGCGGUGGCAUUCCAAAGAGUUCCUUUAAAGGCAAAAGAAGAAGAGCACUACACGAAGUGGACUUGCUUGCCAAAGAGUUGACAAACAUGGUGAACAAAUACACACCAAGCAUUUUCAAAGACAAGUUGAUUCUCUCGGCAACCAUGUUGUACGCAGCCGUAGGUUUUGUUUACACAAUGUACGACGAAUCCUUCCCGAUCUGGUCGUUGGCGCCCAUCAAACACGGUGGACUUUCUUUUACCUCGAAGGAUAUCGGAAUAUGCGGAGCGAUUGGAGGUGUCUCUGUCAUUCUAAUGCAAGUGUUCGUUGUCAAGCCAAUCAGUCAAAAGAUUGGAAUCAUCAGAACGUUCAAGAUGGGUUGCUACGCUUCGGUAGGCACAUUCCUUUUGUUCCCAACGCUCAACUACAUGGCGCCUGAACCCGAAAAAUCAUCGAAAACCCAUUUGGUCAUCUUCUGGAUCGUGCUUUCCAUUUUCACAUUUAUCCGUAGUUUCUGCGGCCAAUUGGUGUUCACACCGGUGAUGACACUGGUCAACAACUCGGCAAACUCUGCGCGAAAGGGACAAGCCAAUGGACUUGGUCAAUCACUCGUUGCAUUCUGUCGUACUAUAGGACCAACACUGGCAUCGGUAGUGGUGGCCUGGUCGGUAUCAUCAGGUCAUCCAUUCCCAAUCAAUCACUGGUUCGUAUUCAUCAUCAUGUCGUUAAUGAUGUUGGCACCAGCUAUCUACACCAACUUCCUUCCAACCUCAUUAAAUGCACCGAUUGAAGAAGAUGGCAACGAAGAAAACUCAUUAAUGAUGCAUAUGGAAUAA